CUGUCCCUCUUUGUCCCGCAGUGCUGUCAGGAUGGGGGAACUCGAGGAGCUGCGACAAGAAGCGGAGGCAUUGAAGAAGCAGAUAGCGGAGGCCAGAAAACAAUGUGCAGACACAACGCUGGACCAGGUCACCGGGGGGAUGGAGGUAGUCGGACGAAUCCAGUUGCGCACAAGACGGACGUUGCGCGGUCACCUGGCUAAAAUCUACGCCAUGCAUUGGUCAACUGACUCCAGGCUCCUGGUCAGCGCCUCCCAAGAUGGGAAAUUAAUUGUGUGGGACACAUACACCACCAACAAGGUUCACGCCAUCCCUCUGCGCUCCUCCUGGGUGAUGACUUGCUCCUACGCACCUUCCGGGAACUUUGUUGCUUGCGGCGGAUUGGACAACAUGUGCUCCAUAUACAACCUGAAGACGCGUGAAGGAAACGUCAGAGUGAGCAGGGAGCUCGCCGCCCACACAGGUUAUCUUUCUUGCUGUCGAUUCCUCGAUGACAACCAGAUUGUGACCAGUUCCGGUGACACCACCUGCGCCCUCUGGGACAUCGAGACGGGUGUACAGAAGACGGUAUUUGUGGGUCACACGGGUGACUGUAUGAGCCUGGCCGUGUCCCCCGACUUUAACCUCUUUGUCUCCGGGGCGUGCGACGCGACCGCCAAGCUGUGGGACGUCCGAGAAGGAGAAUGCAGACAGACGUUCACGGGCCACGAGUCCGACAUCAACGCCAUCUGUUUCUUCCCCAGCGGUCAGGGAAUAUGUACGGGAUCCGAUGACGCCACCUGCCGCCUGUUUGACCUGCGAGCCGACCAGGAGCUCAGCGUCUACUCCCAGGACAGCAUCAUCUGCGGCAUCACCUCCGUGGCGUUUUCCCGCAGCGGGCGCAUUCUCUUUGCCGGAUACGACGAUUUCAACUGCAACCUCUGGGACUCGCUAAAAUGCGAAAGAGUCGGUGUCCUCUCCGGCCACGACAAUCGCGUCAGCUGUCUCGGCGUCACCGUGGAUGGCAUGGCCGUGGCGACAGGAUCAUGGGACAGUUUCCUCAAGAUCUGGAACUGAAUACUUGCAAUGCUAUUUAAUGCAGCAGAGACACAAUCACUCCCCCCCCUUCUUCACCCUAUUUAACCCUAUAAAUGUACCUUGGUUUACCCCUUACCUGCCCCCCCUAGGGCUCCAGUCGGUGUUCCAGUUCCCUUCCCGUCAUUCAUUAGCGAUUGUUUGGUGACAUUGGGCCUUACGCUCACGCGGGUCUGUAGGAAGUCCUCCUUGUUGGGUGUAGCACCCUCAGGCCCUCCUCUUUUUGUUUCUUUUGCCCCCUUUGCUGCACUAAAAUAAAAUGAACGGGGGAAUCCGGUUGUUAUGGACUGCA